AUGACCUCGGUGCCGCCGAUGGACAAUCCGUCGCCGGCAUUGAAGGCGUCGCCGAGCGUCUCGGGAUUUGCCGGCGGCGUACCGGUGAUGACGAUUCCGGUGAGCCCGGGGAAUUUCGCGAUCAACUUCGAGAGCGAUGUGUCCGCCGAGCGACCAGCCGACGACAACGGCUCUUUCGACGCCGAGUUCGGUCAGAACAUCGACGAUGGCGUCGGCGUAACCGUUCUGCGUGUAUGCGGCUUCGGGGAUCGCUCGCGUCCUCGGAGUCGCCGUGGCCGAGCAGCCGGCGUCGACCUGAUGACGGAAGAUGGAGCGGCUGGCCGAGUUCCGUGGAUGAAGACAACCGGAAAACCGUCGGUGGCACUGUCGUCGACUGCCAUGACGCCAUGCCGGGUUUCGAUCUUGGUGGUUGUCAUCGGAAUCCUCAUCGUUCGAAGUGCACGGUCAGCGGGUAUCCACGCUACCGGGCAUAUGCGGCAUAAAGUUCACUCGUGGACUUCGCAUUGCGCUCGUGCAGUUGGCACGGUCACGAGACCUACGCUCCGGACGAACCUGAGCUGCGGGAUCGACUUCAUGUGGAGACAGCGG